AUGGACGGGAAGUACGGCCCGCUGCUGCGGGCUCGGCUGCACCUGGAUUUCAUCCACGUGAACUCCACAACUUACAGUUUCCUUUUUGGAGCUCUGGCUGAGUUGAUGGACAAUGCAAGAGAUGCAGGGGCUGCGAGGCUGGAUGUCUUUUCAGUGGAUAAUGAAGAACUGCAGGGAGGAUUCAUGUUAUGCUUCCUGGAUGACGGAUGUGGCAUGAGCCCUGAGGAAGCUUCAGACAUCAUCUCCUUUGGAACAUCCAAGAAACGGCUGUCUACUUGGAAGUUCAUUGGGCAAUAUGGCAAUGGGCUUAAAAGUGGGUCCAUGAGAAUUGGAAAAGACUUUAUUCUUUUCACAAAGAAGGAAGAAACCAUGACCUGUCUGUUCUUCUCUCAGACGUUCUGUGAAGGAGAAGGUCUCACUGAGGUUGUAGUUCCAAUCCCUUCAUGGCUAACAGGAUCCAGAAAGUCGGUCACAGAUGAUCCCCAAAAAUUCUCAACAGAAUUGUCUAUUAUUUAUAAGUACUCCCCAUUUAAAACAGAAGCUGAGUUGAUGGAACAGUUCGAUAUGAUCUGUGGAAGAUGUGGUACUCUGCUGGUUAUUUUCAACCUGAAACUCCUGCUCAGUGGAGAGCCAGAGCUGGAUAUUAAGACUGACAAGGAGGAUAUACUGUUGACUGACGCUCUGGAGGGUCUCCCAGAGAGGUGGUCCCUCAGAGCCUACGCAUCCGUUCUGUAUUUUGAACCUCGAAUGAGAAUAUUCAUCCAGGCCAAAAGAGUUCAGACCAAACACCUCUGUUACUCCCUCUACAAACCCAGAAAGUAUCAUUAUGUCACAUAUUCUUUUAAAGGAAAACUGAAAAAUGAGGUUAAAAAGGCAGAAGAAGCAGUCAAGACUGCUGAAAUCAUAUUGAAAGAAAUACAACUCAAAGCAAACCAGCCUGACAGAAUUUCUUCACUUUCUGCCAAGGCUGCAUUACAGAAAGCUGUGGACGCCGCAGAAGCAACGCAUAGAGAUCUUAAAGAGAAGCAGAGAGAAUUGAAAAAGGCCAGAACCCUCUCCCUCGUCUUUGGAGUCAGCCUGGAAAACCGAAGCCAAGCUGGAAUGUUCAUUUACAGCAAUAACCGGCUGAUCAAAAUGCACGAGCGAGUCGGCCCGCAGUUGAAAGCGAAGUCCUUACUUGGCACAGGAGUGAUUGGAAUUGUUAACAUACCCUUGACGAUCAUGGAGCCGUCCCAUAAUAAACAAGAAUUCCUCAAUGCCCAAGAAUAUAAUCGUCUGCUAAGAGUCAUGGGACAACAUUUGGUCCAGUACUGUAAGGACACCGGAAUCAGCAACAGAAAUCUCUCAUUGUUUUGGAAUGAAUUGAGAAACCAGAAUAAAGAUAUGGAGAGAUCUUCAGAGUUCAUCCAAUACCAAAGAAGACAAGCCGUGGCCAUUCCCCUCAUCGUUCAGUGUGAUCUUUGUCUCAAGUGGAGAGUGUUGCCUCUUUCUACUCAGUACCGGGAAGAAGACUUUCUUGGCAUGUGGAUCUGUGCAAAUAAUCCUAACAAAUCAGAAAACAGCUGUCACCAGGUAGAGCGACUGCCUUCUAUCCCGCUGGGCACGAGGAGUGCCGCGCCAUCGUCACAGACAGAGAAGGACAGGCACCUGAGGGAGUGUGUGCAGAGGUACCAGGAGAAGCUGGCAGAGCCGCGGCCUCAGGGCAUCCUGAAGUGUGUGCCAGACAACUCUGCCUUGCCCACCUCCUGUCCUCUCCUCCUACCUCUCACCGUCCACGAUCCUGGAUCCAUUGACCCGGACCUGGAGCGCAAGUGGAGAGGUGGCCUCGGCCUUCUUCUGUCGGCUCUCGCCCUCUUGUGUGUCAGCUUCGGGCAGCUGAAGCCCCACAUGGAAAGUGAAGGGAGCAAUGGGACAAAGAAAAUACUAGAAUUCCAAGAAUCAAGCCAAACGCUUUCUUCCUUUCAGCUUUCGCUCAGCCGUAGAGAUCAGAAAAGGGACGCCGAAAGUGCUGAAUCUGAUGUAGAGUUUGUUGCCAAGACUGAGACCGCGAAGUCGUCUAGGAAGAAGCAGAGGAGCCUCGGGCCGCUGGGCCUUGGGGCGGCUCUGCGGACGAGCACCGCGCGGAGGCCCCAGGUAUCUUCUUGGGAAAUGAAAAGAAGAAAGCGUUACAGCCUUGAACAAGAACGUAAGGUGAUGAUUGAAGUUGAAACUACCAACAAAGAUCCAGAUAUAAUCCUGGUUUCUAAUCAAAGCAGAAGUGAUGUUUUAUUGAAACAAGAAAGACGGGAAGUUCUUCUCAUAAACAAAGAGGGAAAACAGGGGCUGUACAGUGAUGUUCCAGUAAUACAAGGAAAGUCUUCAAUACACCAGCAGAAACAUGUGAGCAUGAGCUUGCCCAGUGUGCCAGUGGAGGACUUAAGUCCAGGCUUGGAACCUGACGUCAGUUCUGUGAGUGACAGUUGUCAAAUCACGUCGUCACCGGUGAUGUCUUCUCAAAGCACGUCCAUCAAGGAAACAGUGAGAAAACUGAUGUCUAAUCUAAGGGAGAUUCUUCUGUAUUUUGUUCCUGAGUCUCAGCUAACAUCAGCAUUUAACUACGUGUCUGUGGAAGAGCUCAUAGGAAGUCCCCAGAUGGAGCAGAGCCCAGAGAAGACAAACGAAAAGCUGAAAGUGUGUUUCAGUGAGAUAGAGAAUAUUCUCAUGGUCCAAUAUGAAAGAAACCUCAAGAGAAGAUUGCAGUCCAUGAUUUAUGAUUCAAAUAGAAGAGGACUACUUAAUGAAGUCUACCUGAUACAGUGUGAGCAUAAGAGAAAACUGGCUGAGGAGAAACUGAAUAAUCUUCGUGCAAAGCUGGCGGUGUUGUUACAGAAACUUCAGUUGGGUGGUCCAGCAGGUGAUCUGGAGCAGAUGGAUGCUUAUGUGGAAGCCUUGCUUAAAAGCAACACUCUUCCGUAGACCACUUUCGAUAAUCAGAGUCCAGAUACAGGGCACAAGAGGAGAAUGGUGUUGUCUGAUGACACUCCCCGAUACUUAAGGACCACUCAGAACUUCUUGCCCAUCACUGUACCAUGA